AUGGCGCUGAUGCUCGUUAUUGUGAUGGCACCGCUUGUUCAAGCAGUUUCAGCACUAAAAAUGAAGGCAGGACCACUUGAAGCUAGUGAAGCUUCCAUGGCUGCCCCACCAACAAAAGGUUUAAACAAAGGAAUCUCUAUAGUAGACCUUGUUCUGCGGGUUAUCUCAAUUUUCGGGACAUUAGGCAGUGCCGUUGCUAUGGGAACUACCGAUGAAACACUCCCAUUCUUCACACCUUUCACAAGUUUCAGGGCUGAGUAUAAUGAUCUUCCAUCCUUCACGUUCUUUGUGGUUGCAAAUUCUGUAGUAUGUGGAUAUCUUGCACUCUCUCUACCACUGUCCAUCUAUCACAUUGCUAGGAGCAAAGCAACAGUUAGUAGGGUCAUCUUGAUCUUCUUCGAUACGGCAAUGCUGGCUCUUCUCACUGCUGGAGCUUCUGCAGCAACUGCCAUUGUGUAUUUAGCACACAAGGGGAAUGCUUCAGCAAAUUGGUUUGCUGUAUGCCAACAAUUUAAUGACUUCUGCGAACGUAUCUCGGGAGCGUUAAUCGGAUCUUUUGGUGGAAUUGUGUUGUUCAUACUGCUAAUCCUCAUGUCAGCCAUAUCACUAUCCAGACACCGAUGA